GCAGCGUUGGUUCGUUCGUUGGUUCAGUUUGUAGUGACCCCCGGGCCCCGGCACUCUCGGCGCGCCACUAUCUCGCCGCAUUCCUCCCGCAGUGGAAGCCGCGGCGCGCCCUGCGCGUGCCUUCGGUCCGAGCCUCACCGACCGACCCACGCCGCUCAGUCGUUCCCGCGCGCUCACGCCCGACGCUGCUCCGCGCCACGCCAAACAAACGCAAUCGUGAUCGAAGUUAUGUGUAAAUAAGUGCAGUGCUCUCAAUGGAUGCGGUUCGUGCGGAUAGUGUUGACGUUAACUCUAGUGCAUAGCGGCUGGAUUUAUAUAUUCAUGGUGGGGUAAACGUGGUCUCGAGAUGCGACAUGCGUGCUCUGUGUUCGGUUCGCGGGACGCUGGGCGUCGAGGCCACGACGCUCGGAGCCGGCGCGCGGCUGGUGGCCCUGAGGGUGCCGGCCCAGCAGCCCCUCCAUCUGGUGGUCGAAGCCAAGGCCAGGGUCAGAGAACUCCGGGCCCUCGCCAAUGCCCAUGCACAGUUACAAGGCAUGACCGACACAGAACUCUUCGGCUUGGCCGUCAUGCAAAAUGGAGAAUAUUGGUUCGUGGAUUUAGACAGCAAACUAUCUAAAUAUGCGCCAAAGAGCUGGAGAUCGUCUCAUACUCAUGGACUGGACGCCAACGGGAAACCCCUACUAGAACUCCAUCUAGUGGUCCAGUUUCACGUGGAGAGUCCACUACUGCUGCAUGACGACGUGGGCCGCCACUACUACUUCCUCCAGCUCAGGCUGAACGUGCGGCACCGAGACGCUCUCCCAGCCGAGGUCUUGCUCCUCCUGACAGGCCUGGCACUACAGGCCGAAUACGGAGAUGCCGAGACCUAUGAAGACAGAGACUACUUCAAUGUGGACGAUUACGCACCCCCCUCCCUCACGGGAGACUGGGUCUCCGCAGCCAUGCGCGCCUGCCAUAGAGAACACAAGGGACUCUCGAAGGCAGACGCCGAAAUGCGAUUCAUCCGCGAAGUCUGCUUCCUACAAGACACCAUCAAUUCACACAGAUACCGACUGAAACAAUCCAAGACCGAACCGGAGCCUGGCACGGUCUGGCUACUAGUCACAGCAAAAGGCAUCAAAAUUCUGCCCAACAAUGGACCCGUGUCGACGUUCAUCUGGAGCUCUAUCGGUAAACUAAGUUUUGAUAGGAAGAAAUUCGAAAUCAGAACCGAAGAAGGAAAGAUAACGCUGUAUUCUUCAAGUGAUGAUAAGUGUAAAUAUCUGUUUGCGUUGUGCAAAGAAACACAUCAAUUUUCAAUGAAGAUUGCACCUAAACUGAACGAGAUAUUACUGAAAGAGGAGGAAGAACAAAAAAGUUGCUUCGGAUACACAAAAUCACUUAACAUUCAGUAUAGCCAAAAUAAAAGCGAGCAGAGAAUAUCAGUGAUUUCUACUACCAGCUCCAAUACUACGUCAGGAAUCGUCAGUGAUAGAGUACAAUCGGAAGACGAACUUGAAAUAAUGAUUGACACUCCUCCAGCACCUUCCACUGAAAGUUUGGCCUUUGCUCACUUACUCGACACCAGCAACUCAUACUUAGUCCAAAAGAGCCCUCUGACAAAAACAUCUUCGUUGCAAUUAGGAAAAACGCAAAGUAGAGCACGUGUCAGUAAAAACAAAGAUGACACCGUUUCGGACAGUUUUAACAUUGCGUGCGGUUCCACGGAUGUGGCACAGAAGUCAAGUCAAAUGGAUGAAAGUGUUUCACUGCCCGAUCAAAAUGCCACUGAGAAUUCAAACAGCAGUCCGGUCUCUAAUAAAUUCAAAUGCACAGGAUCGCAAUGUUCAUCGUCUUGCAGCACAGUUAUAAUGGCUCGAGCGGGACUCAGUACGCUUAGCAGAGCAUCUGAUGCAAGCAGUUUAGAACUAGGCUUUAGUCACACGGCACAGAACUCAAUGCUUAGUGACAACAGUACUGUGGGAAUUGAAACUGAAUAUCCUCAAGACACAGCAUCAGCAUUGUAUGACGGCCUCGGCCAACCAGCUACGAUUGCUGCCUCUAGUGAGACCAGUGGAGUAUAUACUAUGGGCAGUUCAGAAGUAACUACUGAAUCCAAGAUGGAACUUGCUUCGGAAGACAGCCGGACAGAUUACAACGAGUCACAUUAUGGCGAAUACAAGCCCGCAAAGGAAAACGACUUGGCUGACAUAGAUAGUGUUUCAUCGAUAUUGAAAAGCAAAUCAGAAAGAGUAGCCAAAAUAAAUGGUGCGCUUAGGAUUCAAUCAAAGCGUCAUUUGGGCAGCAGUGAUUGUGUCGACGGAGCAACACCCUUCCACAUACAGGAAAAUGAUAGCAAAGAGAGUGCGUUUAGAGAAAGGACUAAUUCAAGUGUAAGUGCCGUUUCGUUUCACGGUGACGGUAGUGACCCGACGGACAAUAAGCAUAAUCUGCUAAGUGCAAGUGAACUCAGUGAUCUAAUUGUAGGUCGAGGAGUCUACCCUAAGCGCCAGUCAGUGAGCGACACCCUCGACUCAGUAUCGGAUUAUGUGCGACUGCCUCUGCCGUUUUCUGGUGACAGUUACAUUCAGGGACAUGAGGACACGGCACCUUCCGAUGACAAUAACCCCGAGGGGUCCUUCUUUGACCGACCACCUACACCACCAGCAAGGACAGACAGUCGGAAAGUGCUCAACUUGUCUUUACCGAACAUUCUAGAUAUCGGGGAGAGUGAGAUAUUAAACCCCAGAUUUCCUAACAAACCACCACCACCCUACGAGUACAAUCACAAGACUGUCCCAUCGACUGUCUCUUCGCCGAUGAAAGCCCCGCCAGCCUACCCUGGCCCGACCACCCCUACAACAACUAAACUACUAGAAAAGGAGGAAGUAACUGCUCGCGUUGUUACGUCAAAACCAAUGAUAACAAUCCUUAAAGCAGAGGCAGGAGAAGUCGGAGGGUCGAGUGAAAGAACUUUUGCGAGUCCAAUGGUUUUAGAACAUCGGUUCCAGAAGUCAAAAAGACAUCAGGCGUCUAGUCGCAGAGCUGAUCGAUCUAAAUUGGCUCAGGGGAUGGUGAGUCAGAGCCUCUCGCCAUCUCGGGAACUGCCGACACGGGUGGACUCAAAUGUUCUGGUGGCGAUGAUGAAGCUGCCUCCCCCUCCCCCGCCGCGGCGCUCCCGCCUGCCCCCGCCGCCGCCCGCCUCACGCCUGCCGCCCCCGCCGCCACCGCACAACCCCAUGUUCCACCAACAACUGUACAGCGAUGUCGACUACGUAUACUAUCCGAUGCAGGACCCGGCAAUAUCGCAACAAAACUACCUUGAUCACAAACUUACAGAAUCUCGAGUUUCCAACAUGCACAAGAGUCAUGUACAGUACAGGAGUACGCCGUUCUUAUCGACGACACUUUCAACAUCGUCGAUGUACGGAUCCAUACAGAAUCUGUCCGACUCAUACGUGCAGCUACCAGGAAACCGGACCAGCUUGUACUCAUUGAACAGUCGGACUUCAUCGGUGAGCAACCAUUCUAUGCACAUGGACCGGCCUCUGAUAGCAUCGAGGAUUCCAGAAGCCUCGUUUUUCCCGCGAACAAAGUCCGAUGAAAACAUACUGAAUGCCAGGGACCCGCCACCGAUGACGUCGAUGAGGUCGAGGCGAAUGCCGCCGCCGCCUCCGCCGCCGUACGAACACAAGAAGAAACUCCCCUCGCAUUUGCGAGACGUCAAGCUGCCAAGCUCCAGCUUAGAAGUGAACAGUGACCACAGUGGUAAAGUGAAAGACGCUAAUUGUGAUUUAGACAUAAAGACUCUCAGAGAAAAGAGCAAGAACUUGGACCUUCCCUUAAUAGCAGCUCUCUGUAACGACCGGUCGUUACUAAAGCAGACGAAAGCGUUCGGUGCUUCCAAAACUAGUAAGCAGACAGGUGACUGUGAUAGUGAAAACAAAGUGAGUGCUAAGUCUAUUCCAAACACCACCGAUAACUUAGAUGUUAAGAUUAAGCAAGAUUGUAGUCUGAAGCAGGUAGCGCCCGAUGCUCUUGGGAAGAAGCUGUUGAUCAGAAACCCGAAGGAUAAGCUCCCGGCACUGCCUGGCUCAGACCCGCACACUCCUCGGGCCAUGUCCAACACUUACGUGAUGCAUCCGUCGAGCGUCGCCAAAACUAAAAGAGUACAUCCUAGUUCAUGACCAUUGCCUCAUUUAGAUAUUAGUCUUCACUUUGUAUCUAUUCUUCCAACACUAUGUGCUUCCAUAAGAAUCUCCCUUUGCGCCAUAAUAUAGUGUAGUCAAGCAAGACUGAGCUUUAUACCUGCAACAGUAAAUAUAUUAUGUUAUGUACUGGUAAAUACAUUCCAAAACAAAACUUGACAUUCCACACACUCAUAGAAUCCAGGACAUUUGGCACAAAAGCCAGUUUAGCUAACCUCUGCGCCAUCGGUCAUCAUAUUCCAUGUAUGAAUAGCAAAAAUUUUACUUACCAUCAUAUUCGUUCAAUAAAUGGUCACGAUGUGUGAUGUUAAAAUCAUAAAAAUAUUACAGCGUUAGUUAGCGACUUCAUGUUUUGACUGUGUAUGUGUAUGUAUGCAUGCAAUUCUUUCUUUUUUUUCGAUUAGGUAUUUUGUUGCCCAUUAUUGGUCUUGUGUGCCAUAAUUUGUUUCAAAUUAUGAAUUAUGUUUUUGGCUACGAGUAGAUGCAACUCCUGUUACAAUAGUAAUUAUUAUUUCAUUCUUUAUUGCACGCUAAAUAAAUAUGUAUAAGUGUACAAAGGGUGGACUUAAUGCUAUAAGCAUUUUCUACUAGUCCACCCACCUACAGGAAACUUAUGUAGGUACAAUCAAUCCAUCACGCCACUGUUGGUAGGUUUAAAAAUAUUUCAGUCAUUGUUAAUUCAGUUAAUUCCUACCUAACCUUAAGUUUCUCAAAGAAUCAAUGUAUGUAGCUUUUUAAGUCAAUAAAUGACUGAAAAAGAUCGUGUGAUUAAAACUUUUUGCACUUGUUUCACACUUAUAUUGAACUCUUUAAGAAACGUGAGGAUAGCAUUGAGUUGGUAGUUGCUUGUAAGUGGAAUAUUGUAAGCCAUAUGGGUGCAUAAUGGCAGGACAGAUUUAUAAAUUAAAUACUCGCUCUAUUUAAGAAUAAUGUAAGAAAAAUUGUGAUUUAACUAAAAUACAAGUCAUUGCUCAAUCAUAGUAAAUGAUAAUGAUAAUAAUAUCUGCAACUAUUUAUUUUGUUUACGGCCAUCGUGUGUAUAUAAUUUAACUAGGUUAAACAUUCACAAAGUACAUAUUGUUUCAACUGUGUACAAAUGUAAAUAAUUUACAUUAAAAAAUCGCAAUAUAAAA